AUGAUGCGACAAACAGCAAGUCUAUGGGCGAGAAUAGCGACACAGAAGUCGUUACUCCGAGGCAAGAAUGUCUUGACGCUGGAACAUUUCAUGCAAAAGAAGAAGGCGCUGAGUCUUUGGCGUGAGAUCAUGCGAGCGAUCAGUAAAAUCCCAGGAUCGCCAACGAAGAGAGAGAUGCGAGAUUAUGCGCGCACUGAGUUUGAGAGGCACAGAGACGUGCAGGAUAUUGGACACAUCCGUUAUCUCAUCUCUACAGGGCGCACACAGUUUGAUGGCAUGAAACGAUACAUCAAUGAGCAGGUGCUAUGA